AUGAUGCCCAAACUUCCCACCACACAAGAGGAAAUCAACCUCCAGGAUUCAUGGACGGAGACCUUUGCCCGUGAGAGAUUCCUGUUAUGUGACGACAGAGAUGAAGCAGGAAACAGAAUAAUUGUGUUUGCCACUGAUGCCAAUCUUCAGAGACUUUAUGUUGAUGGAACAGUUUUCCCUCUUGUGUUUGCCUUGCUUCCUAACAAGACUGAAGCAACUUACAGACGUCUGUUUUCCCUCUUGAAGACCGCAGUCAAUGAACGACAUUCUGUGUUGACACCUGAAUCCUGGACGAUCGAUUUUGAGGUGGCAGCCAGAAAUGCAGUGAAAGAUAACUUUCCAAACACAACCAUUCGCGGAUGCUUUUUCCACUACACUCAGUGCAUUAGGAGGAAAGUUCAAAACUGUGGCCUAACAACUGAGUUUAGAGAGAAUGAGGACUUCCAUCGCCUUGUGAGAAGAGCUGCCGUCCUCCCCCUGGUUCCAGAUCACCGUGUUGAAGAUGUGUGGUUCCAGGCCUUAGAGGAUAAUGAUGACAAUACCGAUGCCAUUAUGCGAUUCAAGGAUUAUGUGACAGAGACGUGGGUUGAGGGACAUUUUCAUCUUUGGAACCACUCUGAUCAUGACGGUCCAAGAACCACCAACGCAGUUGAGGGAUGGCACCACAAGUUUAACAGAAUGUGCAGACGUGCCCACCCAAAUAUCUUUGUGUUCGUAGAGAUGCUAAAAAAGGAAGAAGCUGCAAAUGAGGCAAAGAUCAUUCAGAUUACAGCAGGAGGUGUCGUGCGUCCCAAAAAGAGAAAAUACCGCCAGUUGGAUUCUCGUCUACAGCGUCUCAAGGACAGGAUGCGUCAAGGUCAAAUGGACAUAGUAGCAUAUGCGGAUGCAGCUUCCCAUCUAAUUCAUUUCGAGUGAACAGUGAUCA